GGACAGUGAAGCACAGGCGAGAUUUAUGUCGGCGGUAUUAAAACAUUUCACCGCUGAGAUCCCGCAUCUUUCCCUUUAAAGGCGUGCAGUGAUGAGUCGCUGGUAGUAUGCUCAUCGGGAGACCCACUGUGUCACAUUUUUUAUUUAAUCUGAUGAGAUAAUAGAAGACGAUGCUUUUAUAUUAAAUUGGAUUUGCCGGUGAUCGCGGCUGGGCUCUGAGGAGGAGAUAUUUAAUUCUGGGGUGAAAUUGAGAUUUUUCUGGACCAUUUGGUGCUGAAAUGUGAAAUCGCUCAAUUUCAAGGACGUAUUGCUGAUCUUUUUUUUUUUUUCCUCCUCCUGCUAAUGAUUUGUGUUGAAAAAAUAGGAUUACGAAACCAUCAGGUCAGAUCCUGUGUGGUGUCAGCCCCGAGGCGUUUGUUGCAGUAGCCUGCAAACCAGCCGAAGGAAACAGGAUGGCAUAUUACGCUGCGCUUUAUAAUCAGACGUGGGUUUUGGUCCCCUUGAGACGCAAGGCGUAGAUUUGCCGUGAUGAUGUGAUCAGACCGGGAUCCGUGGUUUCUCGCUGCGCUACCUCCGAACAGAGUCGCUCAUAAUGCCGAGGGCUUUGCGGAGACUGCUCCAUUUGGUGCUGUUCUGCCCUCUGUCCAAAGGUCUGCAGAGUCGUCUCCCAGCCAUUAAGGUGAAGUACCUUCUCCUGGUAUGGCUGGGCCUCCUUAUCGCCAGCUGGGUCAUCUACAUGCAGUAUGCAUCUUACUCUGAACUCUGCCGUGGGCAUGUGUGCCACAUGGUCAUUUGCGAUCACUACAGAAGGGGCAUAAUAUCAGGCUCGUCCUGCAAGGCACUGUGUGAGCAGAGAACCCUAACCCUGCAGCACUGCAUGUCCACCUCAUCUACAUAUCAGGUGUACAGUGGACUGUGGAAGGAGAGACCUGUUGUGAUCAAGUGUGGGAUUGAGGAUCCAGUGAAGAUUGAUGGGUCUCCAGACUCUGUACUGCGACAGGAGAUGAGCUUAUUUGACAAACCCACUCGUGGAACCUCUAUGGAUGAAUUUAAAGAGAUGCUGCACAGUUUCCUCAAGGCUAAACUUGGUGAGCAGCCAUCUUUGAGCACCUUGGUGGACAGGGUCAUUACCCUGGCGGAUGUCAACCAGGAUGGCAAAGUGUCUCUAGCUGAGGCCAAGUCCAUCUGGGCUCUUCUCCAGAUGAACGAGUACCUCCUGAUGGUGGCGCUGCAGGAGAAGGAGCACACCCCUAAGCUGCUGGGUUUCUGUGGAGACUUGUAUGUGACAGAACGUGUGGGCCACAGCUCUCUCUACAGGCUAGAGGUGCCUCAUUACCUGCAGGCCCUGGUCCCAGAGGCCCUGAGCACCAGCCUGAACCACUGGCUCGCACCAUCCUGGCCCCGCAGGGCUCGCAUCACCAUCGGCCUGCUGGAGUUUGUGGAAGAGGUCUUCCACGGGUCCUACGGGAGUUUCCUAAUAUGCGAUGCCAGUCCUCGCCAUGUGGGCUACAAUGCAAAGUACGACUGCAAGAUGGCCAACCUGCGCAGUGUGGCAUCUGAGGCAGUUGUGCGGGGAUUUUUGAGGGGACGGCGAUGCGAGACUAACGCCGACUGCACCUACGGCCGGGACUGCACGGCCACCUGCGAUCGACUAGUGAAGCAGUGCAACACCGAGGUUUUACAGCCCAAUCUUGCAAAGGUGUGCGUGCUGCUGCAGGAUUUUCUGCUUUUUGGAGCACCUUCAGACCUCCGAGGGGAUCUGGAAAAGCAGCUACGCACCUGUGUGACGCUCAGCGGUCUGGCAAGCCAGAUGGAGGUGCACCACUCACUAGUCCUCAACAACCUGAAGACAUUACUGUGGAAGAAAAUUUCUAACACUCAGUACUCUUGAAAACAGUUUGUGAUUUAUUGUGAUUAUUACAAUGAGCGAAUUAAUACAUGAACAUGAGGAGUUUUUGCUUAUGUCUUAGAGGGUGGUCGUUAUUAAUGUAUUUGUACUCUAAAUUGACUGUGAAUAGCAGGGAACUGUAAAAUAAUAAUAAUGAAUAUACAAUAUGAAACAGCAGAUGAAGAAGACUAUUUCUUACUUUUGUUUUCCAAUGCAUUCUUUUUAAAAAAGCACAUUUAUCUGUUUAGACAUGAUAUUCUCAGGGCACUGCCUAUAACUUUAUUCGUAAAACAAUCUGUGAGUAAACGGAGUUUUGAAAAUAGUUUAUAGAAUACUGUCUAUCCCUAGAGAGUCAGAAUGUCAAAUUUAGCACGUUGUGAUCAUUUUUGUACAACUGUAAAUAUUGGUGGAACUCUGCUGUUUCCUGUGUAUCAAUGAAUCUCCAUGUGAAGCAGAGACACGAUACAAAUAAUGGAUGGAACAAUGCAUAUAUACAGUAUCACUGUCCAUCCUGGUAUUGAUCUGAUAUUGACAAUGUAUUUAAAUCCACCUGAACAGACUGGACUUGAUGAUCAUCAGACAAGAUCAAACUUGAAUUAACUUCUAAUCCAUGAAUAAACAUGCGUUGUUUAAACAAAUGUUCAACUAUUGUGAAUAAAAUUGCAUUUAUCUAAAGUGGGUAGCUAAUGUCAGGACAGAAGUAAAGAAAUUGGAGAAGUCAGGCAGAUGUUCUCUUAGCAAA